UUCACUCUGACUAGAGGACGAAGCCAAUGGAGUAAAAAAUUCACCCUCGAGUUGGCACAAGAAGCCAAUGGGAUGAAAAGAUUCCGCAACGACUGUGGUGGCGGAGCCAGUGGAGUGCCGGGCCCAGGAACGCUACCCAAUGGGAUGACGGAGUUCGCUUCCGGCCUCGGCCAGAGCCAAUAGCAGUCGCUCGCCGGCUCCCCGCCGCCCCACCUCAGCAGGCUGCAGAACUCAAGUUGCUGGCCCAGGUGGGAGGUUCCCGCGGCCGAGGGAAAGAUGGCAGCGGCAGUGGUGCUGGCCGCCGGGCUCUGCGUGGCGCGUCGGGCGGUGGCGGUGGCAGGGCCGCGGGGGGUGCAGGUCCGAGGAGCUGCAAGUGUGACUGAUGGGAAUGAAGUGGCCAAGGCCCAGCAGGCAGCUCCUGGGGGAGCAGCCCCAACCAUCUUCUCCCGGAUCCUGGAUAGAAGCCUCCCAGCUGACAUCCUAUAUGAGGACCAGCAGUGUCUCGCAUUCCGGGAUGUGGCCCCUCAGGCUCCUGUGCACUUUCUCGUCAUUCCUAAGAAGCCCAUUCCUCGGAUUAGCCAGGCUGAAGAGGAAGACCAACAGCUUCUUGGACACCUUCUCCUUGUGGCCAAGAAAACAGCAAAGGCUGAGGGGCUGGGUGAUGGAUACCGACUUGUGAUCAACGAUGGCAAGCUGGGUGCACAGUCUGUGUAUCACCUACACAUUCACGUACUUGGGGGCCGACAGCUCCAGUGGCCUCCAGGUUGAACCUACCAAAUGACCAGGGACCCCAGACCUGGAUGUUUGGAUGGGAUGGGGGAAAACGGCACCCUGUGAUGCUAAUAAACUCGCUUUCCCUCAA